CUUUUAAAGCUUCCAAAAGAGUGGGUCGCAUUUGUCAACCCUUAGGCUGGAGAUAGGAGUAAAACCCGACCCCUACAAAGAAGCACAGGUAAAACCAUUGAACCUGGUGAGCCAGGGUAGGAUGAACGAGGGGCGGAGCAUAUGUAAAACAUUUAGGUGAGGUGGGGCCAAGGGUGAGGCUUCCAGGGAAGACGGGAGCGGUCAUUUAUAUAUAACUUGACAGAGGCAGGACCGGGAGUCACUUUACUCGUUAUGAGGUAUGAUAUGCAAGUUAAUCAAUGGUUUGGGGGCUGGCUACAAACAUUAAGGACGGUUGGGGGCGGGGCCAGGACGGCUGAGCCUACCUCCCCUCCCAACGAGCGGAGUAAAUCAGAUGCUGCCCUGCCAGACUCCCUAGAAGUCUGGAGGGGCUGAGCAGAUACAAAGUAUCUGGAGGCGGCGGAAGGGGUUUUCUAAGCCCGACCAGCACCCAGGCUACGGAGUAUAUGUAAAUCGGAUGCGAAGAAGCCUUGCUCCUAGGCUUUCUUGAGGCCCUGACACCGGUGGGGCACAUGUCAAGUAUUUGCGAAACUGUCUCGCUUAAGUCCCAAAAGGGAGGAGCACGUAUAAAGUAGUUAGAUGGGAUGGGACAGGGCUCUCUGGAGUUUCAGAGAGAAGCUUGCCGCACGUGUAAAUUGGUUGGUUGGGCCGGGCCAGGCUCUCUAAGGCUCCCUGAGGGGCUGGGCAUAUGUAAAUCGUUUUAGGCGGGGCAAGAAGGGGGUUCCCAGUGGUUUACAAGCCGGAUACGCGUAAAUAAGCGGCUCUUGCGAUUGGAUCGCACUCUGACGCCUGGUCCUUUGGCCUCCUUCCACCAGAUGCGAGCGGGCUCCUGGCGUCACAGUUGGUGAUCAACGCUGCGGACUGAGACCACUUAGUGUGUACGGGACCAUGGAGGCCUCGGCCGAUUCCUCUGAGGCCCCCGCGGCCUGCCGCUUCUUCCUCGAGGGCCGCUGUCGGUUCGGUGCGCGCUGCCGUCAGCCACAUCCCGGGGUCCCGGCGCCGUCCUCCGAGGUUGCGCAGCCGGAAGCUGAGUCCAAGAAGCCGGCCUUGCGUACUGCUGCUGACGUCAUCCAACGCAUCCGCUGGGACCCGCGCCUGGAACCCGCUGACUUUUCGGUGGGCUACACCGACCGCUUCCUGGGAGUGCAGGAAGAGCCAUUCUGCGCCUUCUGCUGGGACCAGCCGCUGGCAGCGCUUGGACCCGGCGUGUUGGCAGUUCCGCAGCACCGCAUACGCUACUUCCGCUUCCGCGGCCGCCUGGUGUGGGACCGUGCCUCGCGCACUGACCUUAUUUUUGGCUCGGGCUCUGUGGCUGGACGGGGACCCACCAUCUUUGAUGCACUGGACGGCGGGGACGAGCAUUGGACAGAGGUCACGCCAGAAAUUCCUGACAAAGAGAAAGCAGGGGUGGGUUUAGAGGGUCUGGAUACUCAGGAUGCCCCAGAGGAAGGGUGUGGAAAUCCGACCAGAACAGAGCUUGAUUCCUUCCUGGAGACACCCGAAGAGGGUGGGGCAAUCAAAGAGCUCAAAACUGGGCUUGCUUCCAGCCUGGAGACACCUGAAGUGGAUGGACCAACUAAAGAGACCACUGAGUUAGAAACAGCAGACCCACGCAUGUACUUCCCAGGAGUAAAGGAGAACUUGAACUCAGUAGAGGUGCCCAGAGCUACAGUGCUUCCACAGUGGCAGGCGCAGGCCAUGCCAACUAAAGGGCUUUCUGCUGAAGAGAUGGAAAGCGUGUGGGAUGCAGGCGCCUGGCCUGACGACAGAAAGGCCCCUCGCCAGCCCCGUCCUACACAUUUUGUGGCACUGAUGGUGACAGAGCCUGGGCUUAGGGCUGAGGUGGUCAAGGCCCAAGAGCAUCUGGUCCGGAUUGCUCCUUCUUGUGCUGAGUUCCUGGUACCAGCACAGGCCCUGCACCUGACAGUGGUCUUGCUAAGGCUGACAGGCCCUGGGGAGGAGGCUGCAGCAGCUAGGGCUCUUCGGAGAGCCAUCUUGAAACCAGGGUUUCGGGCACCCUCCCAGUUAGAGUUCCGGGACUUGGUUCUUCUGGGCCAUCACGUGCUCUGUGCCGCACCCUCCCCUACACUGUCAGGCAUGGCCCAAACACUGAAUCAGAGGCUAGAGGCCGAAGGGCUUAGAGUGGUGCAGCUGCCAGAACUACAACCACACCUCACCCUGGCUAAGGUACCACAUGGAACCCAAGUCUGCCUCCCUAAGCCUGAGUACAUCCUGAACCAGGAGCUAGGAAGGCAGCCCCUAGGGAAACUCUGGCUGUGUCGCAUGGGCAGAGUAGGGCAUAGCUACCUGCCCCUGGCUGAAAUUCCUCUCAAGUGACCGAGGUUUCAUAUUUCAGAUAAGAAAACAGGCCAAGCUGAGACAGGUUCUCGCUCUCUCUCUCUUUAAUUUUGGUUUCAAGCUUCCAAAAUGUACUGUACUCAAUGCUCAAGGAGAAUGAAGGAAGGGGAGGGGAGAGGUAGGGAGGGAAGGCAGGGAGGCAUCUGGAAAAAAAGCAGCCUGACAGUCCAGCUGUUUGCAACCUCAUAGCACAUCCUCCAGUUACAUGGCAGAAGGGGGGGGGGUAAAAAGAAAAGGGGAGAAGGAAGAAAAGUAACUUAAACACACACACAGAGAAAA